CUUGGCCAGGAUGAAGGCAGCCAGAAAAUGGCGGAUAUUGAGGAGUUACGGGUAGGCGAAAGUGUUAUGAUAGCUGGCCGCUGCUUGCACUUGACGGAGUCUUAAAAAAAGUUAUUUUGCUAGGCUUUAGACGUUAUCGUUUUAUUUCUUUAGAAAAGAGUCGUUCUCGUAGUUUUGCAGGCAAAAGACCGUCAUUAUGAGUCUUAGGCCAGAGAGUCGACACUCUGAAGCUCGGACGUGUUCUAAACUGCUAGCACUAGCCGUCUAGCCUGCUAGCUUCCAGCUGCUUCGCUAGCUAUCAAGAAUAUGAUAUCAAGUUUCCGUGUCUCGGAGCUCCAGGUAUUGCUAGGUUUUGCUGGAAGGAACAAGAGUGGUCGCAAGCAUGAACUCCUGCUGAGGGCUUUGUAUUUGCUCAAGAGUGACUGUAGCCGUGCCGUACAGCUCAAAAUCAAGGACCUUUAUCGCCGGAGAUACCCGAGGACCUUAGACAGUCUUGCUGAAUUGUCUGCUCUAAAGUCAAGCAUAGAUUCGUACUUACAGUCUGAAGAAAGUUCUACACUUGUGAGUCCGGACCUUUCUCUUGGGGAUAGUCCAUCAGACUCGGAUCAACACGUGGUGCCUGUUAACCCAGCCGUGUUUCAUGACUCAAAACAAAAGAUGAACAUGCAGCAGCCGACACCGCUUAUGCCUCCUGUUCACCCGGACGUCCAGAUGAAGUCCCUUCCAUUUUAUGACGUGUUGGAUGUUUUGAUCAAACCAUCCAGUUUAGGGGCCAGCACUGUUCAGAGAUUUCAUCAAGAAAAAUACUUUAUUUUUGCCUUGACCCCACAACAAGUGCGAGAAGUUUGCAUUUCACGGGAUUUUCUUCCUGGUGGCAGAAGAGAUUAUAUGGUUCAAAUACAACUUCGGUUCUGCCUUUCAGAGACAAGCUGCCCUCAAGAGGACAACUAUCCCAAUAGUCUUUGCAUCAAAGUCAAUGGGAAGCUCUUUCCUCUGCCGGGUUAUGCGCCACCUCCUAAGAAUGGGGUAGAGCAGAAGAGACCAGGCAGACCCUUGAACAUCACCUCUCUGGUCAGAUUAUCAUCUGCCGUCCCCAAUCAGAUAGCGGUCACUUGGGCACCUGAAAUCGGAAAGACAUACUCCAUGUCUGUGUAUUUGGUAAGGCAGCUGACAUCACCAUUGUUACUACAGAGAUUACGAAUGAAAGGAAUCAGAAACCCUGACCACUCAAGAGCACUCAUAAAAGAAAAGCUCACUGCAGACCCGGAUAGUGAAAUAGCCACGACCAGCUUGCGUGUCUCUCUCAUGUGCCCACUGGGAAAAAUGCGGCUCACUGUGCCCUGUCGAGCAGUGACCUGCUCACAUCUCCAGUGUUUCGACGCUGCACUAUACCUGCAGAUGAAUGAGAAGAAGCCCACCUGGAUCUGCCCCGUAUGUGACAAGAAAGCUGCAUAUGAGAGUCUGAUCAUAGAUGGGCUCUUUAUGGAAAUAUUAAAUGACUGCACUGAUGUCGACGAAAUCAAGUUCCAAGAGGACGGGACCUGGUGCCCAAUGAGACCAAAGAAGGAGACGUUGAAAGUAUCCUCUCCAUGUUUACCCAAAAUUGAGUGCACUGCCCCUGUGCGUCUGAGCGCAGUGGUUCCUCACUCAGAGCCCAGCAGUACGAAAAAAGCUGAUGUGAUCGACCUGACACUUGAAAGCUCAUCAGAUGAAGAAUCAGAUCCCGACCCUCCCCUGAAAAAGCGCUGUGUCUACAUGUCCAAACCCGAGGAGGUGCAUAGCAGCAAAGGGGUUUUGUCUUAUCAGCCAUCAACAGUACGAGUGCCAAAUAUCCAGCCACUGGACACUUCUUAUUUAACUUCCUCCAUUGCAGACUAUGCAGUUCCAUUCCACCAUUCAACGCUGUCCACAAUUCCCACCGAUAUGCAAGGUCUCGACUUAUUUUCGCUACUUCAAGCAGAUUCUCAGCAUUACCGGACCCCUGUGUUCCUGGAGAAUCUGUCCAGCAGCAUUCAGAGUGGCACCAGCAGCUCCAGCCUCAUGGCCUCAUCUGUCCAAUACGAUUCAACUUCACAUCGAGGAAGCUCCAGCCACGAAACGGGAGUCAUCACCGGAGGAUCCUCAACUCUUUCAGAUAUCAUCUCACUAGACUGAGUCAUGGUUUCAAGUCUCCCCAAUCAUCAAACAAACUGCCACAGACUUCUAAAAUGGACAUUAAUUGCAGUUAAAUAUUAUUUACUAAUAUGGUAGCUGAUAUGCACGUGGAUAACAAAGUUGGUUCCAUUUAACGGUUUUCAGAAACCCAGCAAUGUGUCUUUUUUCCGUUUCUGAGGAAUUAAUUUUACUGACUGACACCCAUUGCCUUCUUGCCUGGGAGAACUCAACAAAAAAAACAUUGAGCAGCCGGACUGAACACUUUUAGACACAAUGGGACUAGUUUGUGGACCUGCGUGUAUUUGUAUGUGAACUUUUCCUCUUUUUACUAUUUAAACCACACAUUUUUGAAUAAUCACCGCAAAACCUCAACAAUGACCUUUAUAUUUGAAAAAAAAAAAAAUCAGGAGUGUACAUAAUUUUUGUAUUGAGUGGUAUAACAUGCAAAUCAGUAUAUGUUUAAAUGAAGCUGUUUUAUUGCAUAAUGUAUGUGUAAUGGGUCACAAUUUCAUGCUGCAGUUAGUACCUGUAUUUUUAGAUUCAUUUAUUUUGGGCCAUACAGGUUGGUGGAGACAUAAUCAAGCCAUGAUGCAAUGUAUUUUUGUGUAUGUGUGUGUGUUUUUUCUUCCCCCUUGUGAAACCUCUCUAAUGUUUUGCUGUUUUGUAUAUCAAACAUUUGCAUAUUUUUUUAAACAGUGAUGCAGACGCUGGUUUCACAUCAGUGCAUUGACCCGAAAGUCGACUAGUCAAAACAGGCUCAAUGCCCAGAGGGGGUACACUGUGAAACAGUUUUCCAGGUUGGGUUAAACUUUGUAACACGUGUCACCAAAUUUCAAAUUUACAAACUUUUUUCUGUUGAUUUGAUUUGGGUUUUUCUGAAUUUAGCUUUCAGUAAGAUGAUGCAGCACCAGUUCCAAUGUACUAGCUAGUCCUGGUAUCGUCUGCCGUUUAUUAAGUCACUUGGAUUAAAUGUAUAAUUCACUUUAAAUGAUGGCUACAUGCUAUCACUCUUUUAUAGAAAACAACAGCAAUGUUGACAGGUCCCGUGUCUUCUAACAGAUUAAAUUAUGUCUGCUUUCAAAUAUGUAAUAAAGCACAUGAUCACUUUUUUAGGGCACUGCAUUGUAGCUUGACAUUAUUGGUCAGCUUUUAGUCAAACAAGCGAGAGCGUGCCAAUAUCAACACUAAGAAAAUGGGCAGAAUUUUUAGUGCUACUAUUUUAUGUAUUUUAAAGUUCUUUUACGUGAUUCAUUUAAAUGAUUAGUUCUCCCAGGUGUAGCUUAAAAAAAAAAAUCUAAAGCACACUGAGAUUUGCUUGUAUGUGCUGUAGAUGUGGAUAUCUACCAAAAUAUCAAGAACAUUUCACUGCCUUUAGAAGCUGGGAAUCUUACCCCAUUAAAGUUAAGAGAUUUGGGAAAAUCACCAGUGAAUCACAAAACUAAAACCUUUUAGGUACUGUACAUUAAGCACAACUGUAACAAGUUAUUUGUCUACUUGUAAAUGUUUAAGAUUCUCCCCAUUCAGAUGUCAAGGAGAUACUGAGUAUAAUGCAGGUCUUCACUGUCCAAGAUUUUGUCUCAGUGUCAUUGAAAACAAUUCAUCCACAAGAAUUUUCAAGACUGAACAAAAAAGAUAGAUUACAAUGUUGGGAAAGCAUUAAAUACCUGUUGGUUUGAUAAUAUUCAGGAUUGUCUUUUAAUAGAAAUGUAUUGAUCUCUGAAUUAAUCUCGUUCUAAAGUAUGUUAACAUCCCAAACUGACACAAUUUUAUCCUGUAAGCCAUAGAAGCGUUUGAAGGUUUAGCUUUGCUCUCCACAGCCCUUUAUGCGGUUACCCCCCUUUUAUUUCAUUUUUAUGCCUAGUUCACUUUUUGUUUUUUACAAGAUUUAUUGAUUAUUUAAAUGACUGCUUACAUGGUUAUUGUAUUAAAGAUUAUAGUAACUGAUACUAGUACUUAAGUCCUGUGAGUCUUGGAUGGUGUCGAUGAAGAGAACAGAUAGGUGCAAUUCCAUAUAGUUAUUUAUGAUAUGUAUCGAUUUUAAAUGAUUGUACUCCAAAUGCUUAUUUUUGACCCAAAUUGUGCCAUUUAAACAUAUGCAGCAAAAGGCAGUAAAUGAAGUCUAUCUGAAUACCUGCAA